AUGUCAAGCUUUGCAGUAAUUCGCUCCUCUAAAGGACUGAUUGAUGGUUUCACACAAAAUACUCAUGUCACUUGGAAUAGGAGUUUGGUCAAUGCGACGAAAACUCCGUGGCCAAACUCCAGUCUUGAGAACGUUUGCAACAGAACGGAAACGGAAGUCGAAAUCCUUUUUCUGCAACCGCUUCUUGAAUCGCAUUUCUCACUGGCGAUUCUUUACAUUUUGAUUAUGUCCUUGCUGUUGACGGUGGGAACAUUCGGAAACAUCUUGAUCAUUUUGGUCAGUACUUUUAACAAAGCUUUCAACAAAAUAGGCAAAGCGUUCAUGGUGAAUCUUGCUAUGGCGGACUUGUGUGUUGCAGGAUUAGCAGAUCCGAUGUGUAUACUUGGAGUGGUAAAAGGGCAGGCGUUUUUUGAUGACAAGUUAGAGCUGUGCCACUUCAUUGCCAGUAUGUGCCUAACUGCCUGUUUCUGUGCCUUUCUGAGCCUUACCAUGCUGACGAUCAACCGAUGUUUCUACGUCUGCCACAACAAUGUAUACCAGAAACUCUACACACGUGUUACGACUGCCAUCAUGUGCAUCUCCUGCUGGGUUGUUGCUUUCCUUUUUGAAUUUCCCAAUUUCGUUGGCUGGGGGGCUCACACUUUUGACGAGAAAAACCAUCAGUGCAUUUGGGAUAGAACAGCUUCAGCGUCCUACUCUCUUUUCGUAUCAGUCUGUCUGAUUGGUUCGCCAUUGGUCAUCAUGGGCAUCUGCAACAUUCGAAUCUUUUUCGAGAUUUGGAAGAAAAAGAAAAACAUAUAUAAGCUCGAUAGUGAUGGGAAUUUCCCGUCUUUGAAAGCAUGGAAUGAGACAAUUCGCACUUCUAAGACCCUCCUCGUUAUCUUCACCCUGUUUCUGCUGUGCUGGACGCCCUAUGCCAUUGUCAUUGCGAUUGAUAUUGAGGAUCGACUAUCGAUGGAAGUUCACCUCUUCGUAACGAUGGUAGCACACACACAUUCCAGUUUGAACUGUGUCGUCUAUAUCGUAAGCAAUCAGAGAUUCCGAAGAUCUGUUAUUGGGUUUCUCGGCUGCAGCUGCAAGCAUAUCAAAAGACCAGUCUCAAAUUCUUCUGAGUCCAUGUACCGAAAAACCAUCGGCACGGUUGUUAGCUCCAUAUCAACAUAGGUCAUUGAGGUCACAGACUGACCAAUUUCCCACACGUUCUCGGUUUCUCUUAUACUGGUCAGUACAAUGCCCCAUUACUUUACCAAAGAUAGCAUUGAAGAAAUAAGUUCUCCUGAUAUUUAUAUAUAUAGGACGUUGAUUUCGUUUUGUUUCCAUAUCUGAAAAAAGACAGUAACAUCGUGAAUGAAAAACGGCAUGACAGAAAAUCCUCGAGUGAUUUCGAUUUGUCGAAUUUUGAUCAAGUAUCCGCAGAUACUGUAAACAUUCCUGUGUUAGCGUCUAUCUUAUUUUAGCGCCGAAAGUAUUGCACUAGAAUCUGACCUCGCUAAAAGGAAUUUUUUCUGAAUAUUGUUCGUAUAGCAAUUAUUGUGGAUAAGCUAAAAUGACCAAAAUUGAUAAUGCGCCAAAAUUUGAUUUUGCCAUUUCCAACUUUUGGAAAAAAAAAUGUCAGAUAUCCAUGUGUGAUCAUCCUUAGUUUGGUGUAUCAAUUUUGUGAAUAUAAUUCUAUAAAUAUACUGCAAGUCCAUUAGAUUAAAUUUUUCUGAAGCCUGGAAUCAUGAUAAACACCUGUGACUAGGGUAACUGUUAAAACCAAUGUAAGGUUUCAACUUCAUAGGUUGGAUACCUUCACAGCAGAUGUACAACCCUAACUUUACAUAUUUGCACAUCCUUACACACACGCACUCUUGCACAUAUGUAUAUGUUUUAAGUAGAACAUAGACAACGGAAGCACUAGUGGACAAAAUUGUUUUAGUAAUGUUGAUUUUAAUCAUUGUGAUGAUAUAUCGGUGUGCUCUGUGUAAUGGAAGAAUUUGAAUUCACAAAAUAUUUGUUAAAACAAAAAUCAAGGAAUCAGUUUAUAUGGGACCAAUGUCGAGCUCUGAUAGAGUGUGCUAAUCUGCGGAAGAAUAUGUUUCCAAUAGCGAGCAAGAUGUUGUCAACUGAGAGAAAAAUCUUAACAAAAGGUUUCGAAAGAUUCAGGUUGGUAAGAAAUCCUUGUUCUCAUUUGAGAUCGUGAAAUCACGUACUUGUAUUGACCAGUAUUAAUAUGAUGAGUGUCGUCAAUGAAGCAGAAUGAAGCAGAAGAUGCUUACUCUUCCGAAGCACCUGGUCUUAUUCUUGUACUUUUUCAAGAGUUUCCGUGUAAAUUUUUCUUUUGCAGGACUAAUGGUUUCUGAAGAUCAAAAAUAAAAUAAAAACGAGAAAUGUUUAGCUUUUUCAUAGUGAAAAAAGACACUUUCUGAUAUUCUUCUCAGCAUUGAAUUAGGUGAACUCAAAAUGAAAGAGACUUACUGUAGGAUACUAUUUGCGUCAGUGACGAAAAUCGUACUUGCUAUCUAAAUCCAGAUACACCGGACAUUGUC